AAGCGUCACCCAACUGUUUCAUGUGAGGGAGUAAAACGGAGCGUAAAUCUGGUGUCUGUUUCAUUAUUAGUCUAUAUGUUAGGUCUAUUUUUGGCUUGAAAAGUAAGUUAAAAUAGUUUGUCCACUAAGUUUCAAGAUGUCAUCAAAGAAAGCAAAGAAGCCCGAGGCCGAGCAGCAUGUAGACGCAUCGGCGGCGGAUGAAUCACACAGAGAGAUGCUACAGCAAGAGCAUGAUGCUCUUACUGACAACCUUAACGCAUUGAAGAUCAGACUUGAACAACUACGCAGAGAAAACGAGUUUCUUCAGAACGAGGCGGAUAAAACCAGCAUGGAAAGUAAGGAAUACAUCUCAUAUCUGUCAAAAAGAGCAGAAAAGAGACAGAAUGCAAAAGUGACUCUAAGUUUUCAGAGCCAUCUGGAGCUGGAGGAGCUGAAGAGACAGAGACAGAAAAUGCAGGAGGAACAUGAGAAACAGACCAACGAGUUGAAGAGAAAGAUCAUGCAGAAGGAAAAUUAUCUAGCUCUGUUGAAUAAAGAAAUUACCGACCUAAAAGAGUUAAAGACUCUACAACAGCAGCAGAUGUAUCGUAUAGCUGAGCUGGAGAAGGAGCUGACUGCCAUGCAAUGUCAUCAUUCAGAGUCAAUGGUGGCUCACAAAGCUGAUCUUCUUAAAGAGAAGAGGAACUAUGAGCAGCAGGCCAAAGACAAGUUGCAAGAUCUGAUCACCUCAACCAUCAGCGAGUCAUCACGCUGCCUGAUGACCCAUAUAAAAAAUGUUUUCGAGGAGAACCAGCAUCUUAGUAAGACCUUAAAACAGCUGGUCCAAAGUUAUCACGAUCUAUACAAACAACAGGAUCUUUUGCAGACAAAAUGUCAGCAAUUGCAACUGGAGAGAGAUUAUGUGAAGUGGCUUCACUGCCAACGGUUUUCCUCACAUUCAAAACCAACAACUUCAGCAGUUCCAAACACACAAAACCCUUGA